AUGGUGGCUUGCCAUGUCUACAAGACGGUGGUAAACAGCUUAGCAGACGAGGGUGAUGAAGAAGCUGCGUUAGUUGAAUUAUUACGCUCACCUGUUGAUGCAUUGGCAGUGGAGGUACAUUCAACAUUGGUUGAAUUUGACGAAGUUUCAUUUGUGGCUAGUCCUGAUAUAACAGCUGCCAAUGAAGGAAGGGUUGAUAGUUCUGAGAGUAACAAGCUUCCUAGCAACUGGAACAAGGGGUCCCCUAAUUUUUUUGGAUUCAGGUAUCGAGUCGAGAUUGGAAAUGGAGCUGAUGACUUGAUUGAUUUGACCAUUACAAAAUUGGGUAAUUCUGUGCUUUUAGUCAGUGCAUUAAGCGAAAAUAGCGGUAGACAAGUGUCAGUUAAGCUGGAUAUAAAAUCAUAUGUCAAUCUAGCAGUGUUUAGCCGUCCUGACGGAUCGGAAGUAAUCCAAGACAUAUAUAUUUCUGAGACGAAAACGGAUCUUCUAGGUGAGAAACUGUUGAAAGAAGUGAUUGGACCAUUGAUUGGUACUGUAGGUAUUGAAGAAAAGAGGGCCUCCGUCGGUAGUAUAGGAAGCAAUGACUCGAGAUCCAAUAUUCGUGGCACGAGUAUAAGUGGAACAAACUCGGGCAUAGGUACGACAAGCAGAGGAACGAAUCCAGAAAAUCAAAACCAAUCUCAAAAGCGUUUAUCGACCAGUAGCACCACUAGUAUCAGCGCAAAUGACCCCACCGAUGUUGUGAAUAAGCUUCGUCAAUCAUUAAUUGAAGAGGAAAUCAAAGAAGAGUCACAAUCUGCUGCAGAAUCCACUCCUUCAACGCCACCUCCGUUUGAUCCAAUUCGUGCCGGAGCUGCUGAGUACGAGUCGGGUCCUACGGCUCAGGGUUUUGACACCCCCAACACUGGGUCAGACACCGCUCAACCACCUUUAAUUCCUACAGCAAAUGAUCCUACAGGUACCUCAGGCCCAGGUUUUGGAGGCACCCCUAUUGCUUCGCGGGCAGAUGAACCACCGAUUCAAGUUGAUGCUCCACCUGGAUUUGAAGACGAGUAUGAAAUCAAACAGUCCAUGAAACGAAGAACAUCUCGCCACGACAUUGCUCAACCCGGAUAUCCGACCCCUUAUAUUCCCAUUGGAGGUGAUGAUAUCUUCCCACCAGGUGGCCGAAACCCUCCUUUGGCUCCGUUUGUUGGUCCUGGUAUGAACUCCCCAUCUAUCGGAAGUGGAGAUCUUCAUACGCCCAGUCUUCCUGGCUUCCCAGGUGGUAGCAAUCAUCAGGGAAUGCAUCCAACAUUUGACCAUCCUAUUUUUCAGGGGAGACGUGGCAGUCGUCAGCCAGGAACGGAUGACGAUAUACCUGAUAGCUUAACUCGCCCCCCUGGAGCUAGAUGGGAUCCUACUGGCCCUCCUGGUCAAGGCGGUGGCUUCGGAUUUGGCCCUAAUCGGUUCAUUUGA